AUGGCCACAGAUGAUAAGACUUCCCCAACGUUGGACUCUGCUAAUGAUUUGCCUCGAUCUCCUACCAGUCCGUCUCAUCUCACACACUUUAAACCUUUGACUCCUGAUCAGGAUGACCCUCCUUUUAAAUCAGCUUAUAGUUCUUUUGUAAAUCUCUUUCGAUUUAACAAAGAGAGAGCAGAAGGAAGCCAGGGGGAGCAGCAGCCUCUGAGUGGAAGUUGGACCAGCCCUCAGCUCCCUCCAAGGGCACAAUCUGUGAGGUCUCCUACACCUUAUAAAAAACAGCUUAAUGAGGAACUUCAGCGGCGCUCUUCAGCAGUAUUAGACACAAGAAGGAAAGCAGAACCUACCUUUGGAGGUCAUGACCCUCGUACAGCUGUUCAGCUUCGAAGCCUCAGCACAGUAUUAAAACGACUCAAAGAAAUCAUGGAGGGGAAAAGUCAGGAUAGUGACCUUAAACAAUAUUGGAUGCCAGAUAGCCAAUGUAAAGAGUGCUAUGACUGUAGUGAGAAAUUUACAACCUUUAGGCGCAGACACCAUUGCCGACUGUGUGGGCAGAUUUUCUGCAGUCGUUGCUGUAAUCAAGAAAUCCCUGGAAAAUUUAUGGGCUAUACAGGAGACCUCCGAGCUUGCACGUAUUGUAGAAAAAUAGCCUUAAGUUAUGCUCAUUCCACAGACAGUAAUUCCAUUGGGGAAGACUUGAAUGCUCUUUCAGAUUCUGCUUGCUCUGUGUCUGUACUUGAUCCGAGUGAGCCGCGAACACCUGUAGGGAGUAGAAAAGCCAGCCGUAACAUAUUUUUAGAGGACGAUUUGGCCUGGCAAAGUUUGAUUCAUCCAGAUUCCUCAAAUACUGCUCUUUCAACAAGACUUGUAUCUGUUCAAGAGGAUGCUGGGAAAUCUCCUGCUCGAAAUAGAUCAGCCAGCAUUACUAACCUGUCACUGGAUCGAUCUGGGUCUCCUAUGGUAUCUUCAUAUGAGACAUCUGUCAGUCCACAGGCUAACCGAACGUAUGUUAGGACAGAGACCACUGAGGAUGAACGCAAAAUUCUUCUGGACAGUGUUCAGUUAAAGGAUCUGUGGAAAAAAAUCUGCCAUCACAGCAGUGGAAUGGAGUUUCAGGAUCACCGCUACUGGCUGAGAACGCAUCCUAACUGCAUCGUUGGGAAGGAGUUAGUUAACUGGCUAAUCCGAAAUGGACACAUUGCUACAAGGGCACAAGCUAUAGCAAUUGGACAAGCAAUGGUUGAUGGACGUUGGCUGGAUUGUGUUAGUCAUCAUGACCAGCUUUUCAGAGAUGAGUAUGCACUGUACAGACCACUGCAGGAAAAUUCUGCCAGUCCUAGCAAGCGUACAUCAGUCAGCAGUUUCCAGUCCACAGUGGACAGUGACUCAGCUGCUUCUAUCAGCCUGAACGUGGAGCUGGACAACGUGAACUUCCAUAUCAAGAAGCCCUCCAAGUACCCACAUGUGCCCCCUCACCCUGCUGACCAAAAAGAGUAUUUGAUUUCUGACACUGGAGGACAACAGCUCUCAAUAAGUGAUGCCUUCAUCAAAGAAUCCUUAUUUAAUCGUCGGGUAGAGGAAAAAUCCAAAGAGCUGCCUUUCACACCUUUGGGCUGGCAUCAUAACAACCUGGAGCUCCUGAGGGAAGAGAAUGGGGAGAAGCAAGCCAUGGAGAGGUUGCUUUCAGCUAAUCAUAACCACAUGAUGGCACUACUCCAGCAGUUGCUCCAUAAUGACUCAUUGUCACCAUCUUGGAGGGACAUCAUUGUGUCAUUGGUCUGCCAGGUAGUUCAGACAGUCCGGCCUGAUGUCAAGAACCAGGAUGAUGACAUGGAUAUCCGUCAGUUUGUCCACAUUAAAAAAAUCCCAGGUGGAAAGAAGUUUGAUUCUAUGGUUGUCAAUGGCUUUGUUUGUACGAAGAACAUUGCACAUAAAAAGAUGAAUUCUUGUAUUAAAAACCCCAAAAUUCUUCUGUUGAAGUGUUCCAUUGAGUAUCUCUACAGGGAAGAAACAAAGUUUACUUGCAUUGAUCCUAUUGUGCUUCAGGAAAGAGAAUUCUUGAAGAAUUAUGUUCAGCGAAUAGUUGAUGUUCGACCCACAUUGGUUCUAGUUGAGAAAACAGUGUCUCGGAUUGCCCAGGACAUGUUACUGGAACAUGGCAUUACUUUGGUCAUUAAUGUAAAAUCACAAGUUUUAGAACGAAUCAGUCGGAUGACCCAGGGUGAUUUAGUAAUGUCGAUGGAUCAGCUGCUUACAAAACCACACUUGGGCACUUGUCACAAAUUUUAUAUGCAGAUUUUUCAGUUGCCUAACGAACAAACCAAAACACUGAUGUUUUUUGAAGGCUGUCCACAGCACCUAGGCUGUACGAUCAAGCUUAGAGGAGGCUCUGAUUAUGAGUUGGCUCGAGUUAAGGAGAUCCUAAUAUUCAUGAUCUGUGUAGCUUAUCAUUCUCAACUGGAAAUCUCCUUUCUCAUGGAUGAAUUUGCUAUGCCUCCCACAUUAAUGCAAAACCCUUCAUUCCAUUCUCUGAUCGAGGGACGGGCGCAUGAGGGGGGUGCACAAGAGCAGUACAGUGGAAGUUCCCUCCCCUGGGAGCCUGACAUCCCUCCAGAGUCUCUGCCUUCUGAUGAUAGCACUUUGCUGGAAUCAAGGAUUGUGUUUGAGAAGAGUGAGCAGGAAAGUAAAAGUCUUCCACAGCCUGUUGCCUCUUUGAAGUACCAAGAAUAUGCCACAACAGCUUGCCCUGCGGGUAUCCCUUGUGCUUUCUUCCCUUCGGUACCAGAGUCCUUGUUACCACUCCAUGUGGAUGACCAACAGGAUGCUGUAGGCAAUGGGCAGCCAGAGUCUUUGCUGCAAACAGAUGAACUACAGGAUCCUAAAAGCCAGAUAAGAGCCUUUAGAGACCCUCUACAGGAUGACUCCGGAUUAUAUGUUACUGAAGAAGUCACCUCCUCUGAAGAUAAACGAAAGACUUAUUCUUUGGCCUUUAAACAGGAAUUAAAAGAUGUGAUCCUCUGUAUCUCCCCAGUAAUCACAUUCCGGGAACCCUUCCUUUUAACUGAAAAGGGGAUGAGGUGCUCUACCCGAGAUUAUUUUGCAGAGCAGGUUUACUGGUCUCCUCUCCUCAAUAAAGAGUUCAAAGAAAUGGAGAACAGGAGGAAGAAACAGCUGCUCAGGGAUCUUUCUGGACUUCAGAGCAUGAAUGGAAGUAUCCAGGCCAAGUCUAUUCAAGUCUUGCCCUCGCAUGAGCUAGUGAGCACUAGAAUUGCUGAGCAUCUGGGUGAUAGUCAGAGCUUGGGUAGAAUGCUGGCCGAUUACCGAGCCAGAGGAGGAAGAAUUCAGCAAAAAAAUUCAGAUCCUUUUGCUCAUUCAAAGGAUGCACCAGGUACCUCAAGUGGUAAAUCAGGAAGCAAAACUGAGGAUGACGAAGAGAGAGGGCUGAUUCCCAGUGAUGCAGUGUGGUCAACAAAGGUGGAUUGUCUGAAUCCCGUUAACCACCAGAGACUGUGCGUGCUCUUCAGCAGCUCUUCUGCCCAGUCCAGCAAUGCGCCCAGUGCCUGUGUCAGUCCUUGGAUAGUAACAAUGGAAUUUUAUGGAAAGAAUGAUCUUACAUUAGGAAUAUUUUUAGAGAGAUACUGUUUCAGGCCUUCUUAUCAGUGUCCUAGCAUGUUCUGUGAUACCCCUAUGGUGCAUCACAUUCGGCGCUUUGUCCAUGGCCAAGGCUGUGUGCAGAUAAUUCUGAAGGAAUUAGAUUCUCCAGUACCUGGAUAUCAACAUACAAUUCUCACAUACUCCUGGUGCAGAAUCUGCAAACAGGUAACACCGGUUGUUGCUCUUUCCAAUGAGUCCUGGUCUAUGUCAUUUGCAAAAUACCUUGAACUUAGAUUUUAUGGGCACCAGUACACUCGUAGAGCCAAUGCUGAGCCAUGUGGUCACUCCAUCCAUCAUGAUUAUCACCAGUAUUUCUCCUAUAACCAGAUGGUGGCAUCUUUCAGUUAUUCUCCCAUUCGGCUUCUUGAAGUAUGUGUUCCACUCCCCAAAAUAUUCAUUAAACGUCAGGCCCCAUUAAAAGUGUCCCUUCUUCAGGAUCUGAAGGACUUCUUUCAAAAGGUUUCACAAGUAUAUCUUGCUGUUGAUGAAAGACUCGCAUCUUUGAAAACUGAUACAUUUAGCAAAACAAGAGAGGAAAAAAUGGAAGAUAUUUUUGCACAAAAAGAGAUGGAAGAAGGCGAGUUCAAGAACUGGAUUGAGAAGAUGCAAGCAAGGCUCAUGUCUUCCUCUGUAGAUACCCCUCAGCAACUACAGUCAGUCUUUGAGUCACUCAUUGCCAAGAAACAAAGUCUCUGUGAAGUGCUACAAGCUUGGAAUAACAGGUUACAGGACCUUUUCCAGCAGGAAAAGGGUAGAAAGCGACCUUCGGUUCCUCCAAGUCCUGGAAGACUGAGACAAGGAGAGGAAAGCAAGAUAAGUGCAAUGGAUGCAUCUCCGCGGAAUAUUUCCCCAGGACUUCAAAAUGGAGAAAAAGAGGAUCGCUUCUUAACUACCCUGUCCAGCCAGAGCUCCACUGGUUCUACCCAUCUCCAGUUGCCUACUCCACCUGAAGUCCUGUCUGAGCAGUCAGUGGGAGGGCCCCCUGAGCCAGAUACAGCCAGCAGUUCCGAAGAUGUGUUUGAUGGACAUUUGCUGGGAUCCACAGAUAGUCAGGUGAAAGAAAAGUCAACCAUGAAAGCCAUCUUUGCAAAUUUGCUUCCAGGAAAUAGCUAUAAUCCUAUUCCAUUUCCUUUUGAUCCAGAUAAACACUACUUAAUGUAUGAACAUGAACGAGUGCCUAUUGCUGUCUGUGAGAAGGAACCCAGUUCCAUCAUUGCUUUUGCUCUCAGUUGUAAAGAAUACCGAAAUGCCUUAGAGGAAUUUACUUUAGACAGCAGACCAAAGAGUAGCAGCCCUAUCAGAUUACCUGAAAUCAGUGGUGGCCAGACAAACCGUCCUGCAGAAGCAGAACCACAACCAACCAAAAAGCCUUCUGGAAUGUUGUCCUUCUUCAGAGGGACAGCAGGAAAAAGCCCCGAUCUCUCUUCCCAGAAGAGAGAGACCUUACGUGGAGCAGAUAGUGCUUACUACCAAGUUGGGCAGAUGGGCAAGGAGGGGACAGAGAAUCAAGGCAUUGAGUCUCAAGAUGAGGUAGAUGGAGGAGAUACACAAAAGAAACAAAUCACAAAUCCUCAUGUGGAACUUCAAUUUUCUGAUGCUAAUGCAAAGUUUUACUGUCGGCUCUACUAUGCGGGAGAGUUUCAUAAGAUGCGUGAGGUGAUUCUGGGCAGCAGUGAGGAAGAUUUCAUUCGUUCCCUUUCCCACUCGUCGCCCUGGCAGGCCCGAGGAGGCAAAUCAGGAGCUGCCUUCUAUGCGACUGAAGAUGAUAGAUUCAUUUUGAAGCAAAUGCCUCGUCUGGAAGUCCAGUCAUUCCUCGACUUUGCACCACACUACUUCAAUUAUAUUACAAAUGCUGUUCAACAAAAGAGGCCCACUGCAUUGGCCAAAAUUCUUGGAGUUUACAGAAUUGGUUAUAAGAACUCUCAGAACAACACUGAGAAGAAGUUAGAUCUCCUUGUCAUGGAAAAUCUUUUCUACGGAAGAAAAAUGGCACAGGUUUUUGAUUUGAAGGGCUCACUUAGGAAUCGAAAUGUAAAAACUGACACUGGGAAAGAGAGCUGUGAUGUGGUCUUGCUGGAUGAAAAUCUCCUAAAGAUGGUUCGAGACAAUCCUCUGUAUAUUCGUUCUCAUUCCAAAGCUGUGCUGAGAACCUCGAUCCAUAGCGACUCCCAUUUCCUUUCUAGCCACCUUAUUAUAGAUUAUUCUUUGCUGGUUGGGCGAGAUGAUACUAGCAAUGAGCUAGUAGUUGGAAUUAUAGAUUAUAUUCGAACAUUUACAUGGGACAAAAAGCUUGAGAUGGUUGUGAAAUCAACAGGAAUUUUAGGAGGACAAGGCAAAAUGCCAACUGUGGUCUCUCCAGAGUUGUACAGAACUAGGUUUUGUGAAGCAAUGGACAAAUAUUUCCUGAUGGUACCAGACCACUGGACAGGCCUGGGUCUGAAUUGCUGAAAUCAAUCAAGCACAUAUUUUGAAAUGGACGAUAAAGGAAAAGAGGGCAGGAACAAAGGACCAAAAAUAAGCUACAUGUUUUAUUUUUUUAUUAUAUUCACCACUCUGUGCAAAGGCCUUUCUGUGGCUCUUUAAACUGUCCAUAAUUUUGAAGAGUAAAAAUUCCAUGGAUUUGCACUUUGGUUUUUGAUACCUGCGGAUUAGCUGUCUGUAGGUUGGGAAGUUGCAUGAAAAUUUUCUCACCUAAGACUUCAAAGGAAUAAGGUUAGAGAUCAGUAGAUAGAGUGAAAAAAUGGGUUGUCAUAGUUGCUAACUUAAUUGUUUUAAGAAGAAAGCAAUGUCUCAUAGAUUGUGACUAUCGUGGUGUUACAUUUGACAUGUUCUUUACUUGGAAAGCAUUUGUAAAGCUGCUGAAUUUGUUUUGUGUUUUUUAUGAAAUAAUUUCAUG